AUGACUUCUGAUAUUUUCUAUGAGUGGGACAUGAGCCAUGCCGCCCCAUUCAUCAAAAAUGUUAACAAAAAACCGAACCUUAGCAACAAGGCCUUGGUUCUCAUGGUCAACACAUCUAGCCACUCCAAACACCCGUGCAGUGUGAAUAAUGACGUAAACUUGACCUUCCCUCCGAACGUGACUUCACUUAUUUGGCCACUAGAUCAAGGUGUUAUUGUCUUGUUCAAGAGAUAUUAUCUCAAGAAUACCAUGAGGCAAAUGGCUGAAGCUAUGAACAAGGACAACAGUAUGACGGCAGCAACGUUUUGGAAGAGCUACACCAUCAAAGAUGACAUAAUUAACAUCACACUUGCAUGGAAAAGCGUGCCAGAAACUGCACUAAAUGGAGUGUGGCGUAAUCUGUGGCCUGAGGUAGUCCAUGAUUUCAAGGGCUUUGAUGAAGGCAAGGACAUGAAAGACAUCAUGAACCUCAUUAAGGAAGUGAUAGGUGAUUCAGGAUUUCAAGAAAUCCAAGAAGAGGAUUUUACUGAACUACUUGUUAGCCUGGGGGAUCCUCUCACUUCUGAAGAAGUCUUGGAGAUGAUGGAGAAACAUGAGGAAGAAGAGGAAGCAACAGAUAAGCCCCAAACAGUGGGAAAGGAACUGACAAUUCCUAAGAUGAGGGAGUUUAUGCAGCACGUCACUUCUGCCACCACAUGA